AUGGAUGGUACUAUCCCACCUCAGUACGCACACGCUGGAUUAUGGAACAGGGUGAUCCCAAGACCAUUGUGCUUGCCGAACCCUGCCUCAUCCAUCUCCUCAGCACACAUGGAACAUACUAUCCCACCUCACUACGCACACAAUGCUUCACCAAACAUGAGGAUCCCAGGCCCGUCUAGUGGCGCAGUGGUGGGGGGAUCUAAGGAGCUGGAGGGCUCUCUGGCGCACUUGAGAUGGGCUCACGAACGACAGGUUGGUAGCCAGAUUCUCAAUUAUACCACCCUCCCUCUGACCAUGCCUGCGGCUCCCAUCACCUCCACUACCUUACUGGAAAUUGUGUCACUCAGCAAGCCUAGCCCCAACAUGACCAUGCUUGGACCAGCUGCCUCCACCUUCCCCUCUACCAUGCCAGAAAUUGUGUUGCUCAGUGGCCCUAGCCCCAACAUGGCUAUGCCCGGACCUGGUUCCAACAAUGCAACCUCCACCAUAUUUGCCUCCACGGCUGCUUCUUCCCCCACACUCACCAAUCAGAUAGGGGCUGCUUGUCACUCCACCUGCCAGGCCAAGCAAGCAGCCUCCCUCCCAACGUUGGAUGGGGAAGGUGACGUCUUCAUGGAUGAUCCUGGUGUCUCUGCAUCCCAGACACCGAAGACAUCCCCGACCAAAGCUACAAAGGGAGAGUUGACUGCCGCAUCCAUCAAGAGGCUCAAGAACAUGGUGCGGACCCUUGAGGGUCGUAUUGCGGUUAUGGCCUCUCAUCUCGAGAACGGCACACCAGAGAUCGCAGAGAAGAUGUCUACUCUGGAGAACCGUGUUACUGAACUGGCUACCAAUAUCGCAUCCACUCAGGCCCCUGGGAAUCAGGCUUCAGCCAUGCUAGCCCACAUCGAGUCCACAAUCGCCCGCCUCACUACAUCCAACAACGAAAUUGUAAUGGCCGUCCAAGCCCUUCAGGCCAAUGAAGGACAAGUAAUGGGUACCUUAUCCUCUGUUGACGCUCGUGUUGGGGCCCUCAAUGCUCGCAUACAAGACCUCUCCGACAUGGUGUCUGCCGGGUCGACAGUUGACCCUUACCAGACUGGAUCCAAGUGA